AUGCUUAGAUCCAUAAGAUUAAUACAACGUGUGGCUAAUUUCAGCAGGUUGGCCAAUCCUCAUGAAGUGAAUCCCAAGGUCCCAGACUGGUUCAAGUCAAGUGACUACAUGGAACCACGCUUUAUAGGCUCCGAGUCACAAUAGGUGAAUGAGAUGUUGAAAGCCGUGGAAGCCAAAUCACUAGACGAGCUUGUGGAUAAAAUAAUCCCCAAAGAAAUCCGCAGCGAGGCAGCCUUUUAAAGUCCAGACAAUUUUCCUGAUGCCAUCCCAGAAUCAGCCAUGGUCUAACAUCUCCAAUCGUUAGCCAAUAAGAACAAGCUUUACAAAAACUAUAUAGGCCAAGGCUUUUAUGGUACUCACACACCAUAUGUCAUCUUGAGGAACGUACUUGAAGACCCAGGAUGGUAUACAUCCUAUACUCCCUAUUAAGCUGAGAUUUCUUAGGGGAGACUUGAGGCACUCCUCAACUAUCAGACAGUGAUCACUGAAUUAACUGGUAUGGAUGUAUCUAAUGCCUCAUUAUUGGAUGAAGCUACUGCUGCAGGAGAAGCAAUGUUCUUGGCAAAUUCUUGGUUUGAGAAGAAGAAAUUCUUUGUAGACAACCAUGUAUUUCCAUAGAGCAUUGACCAUAUCAAGACCAAAGCUUAUUAUUUAGGAAUUGAUAUCGUUGUUGGAGAUGCCAAAACUUAUGACUUCAAAGAUGCCGAUCAAUAUUGUGGAGUUUUGGUGCAAUCACCAGAUAAUCUAGGAGAAGUCCAUGACUGGAGUGAUCUUUUCAAGCACACACUCAAAGAUGCCAAACUCUUAAAAGUCAUUGGAACAGACUUACUGAGUUUGGCUAUCAACAAAACACCCAAAGAUUAAGGAGCAAAUGUUACAUAUGGAAAUUCAUAAAGAUUUGGUGUACCUAUGGGUUUUGGUGGACCACACGCUGCUUUCUUUGCAGUUGAAGACGAAUUCAAAAGAAAAAUGCCAGGACGUAUCAUUGGUAUUUCCAAGGAUGCCAAUGGAAAAUCAGCCUAUAGAAUGUCAUUGCAAACCAGAGAAUAACACAUCAGAAGAGAAAAGGCCACCUCCAAUAUCUGUACAGCUCAAGCAUUAUUGGCUAAUAUGGCUGGCUUUUAUGCAACUUACCAUGGUCCAUAGGGAUUACAGAAGAUAGCAAAUAGAGUCAAUUGUUUGGCUAGAAGCUUUGCUAAAUUGGCAAAAAGUCUGGGAUUAGUUGUUAAGGAAGGAAGGAUCUUUGAUACAGUAGUAUUACACAAUACAGAAACCUUGUAAGAGUAUUUGCAUUAUAAUGCCUAAACUAAUGUCAGGAAAAUUGGAUAAGAUACCAUCUUUAGUUUUGAUGAGACUCACACUGUCUAAGAUGUAGAAGAUCUAUUCAACCAUCUUCAACAUUACACAAAGAAAAAGGCAGAUUUUAUGUCAGUCAUUCAGAAAGUAAUUCCAUAUAAAUCUGAAAGAGCACCCUUUUUGUAAUAGAAGGUGUUCAAUUCAUUACAUAGUGAAACUGAAAUGUUGAGAUACAUCAACUAUUUAAGAUAAAAAGAUGUCUCAUUAACUAAGUCUAUGAUUUCAUUAGGUAGUUGUACUAUGAAAUUGAAUCCAACCUCUUUCAUGUUGCCUGUCUCAUUCUAAGGAUUCUCCCAAUUGCAUCCAUUUUCCCCUUUGUCUUGUACUUAAGGCUAUUAAGAAUUGACAGAAAAUGUUGAAAAAUGGUUAUGCGAUAUUACACAAUUGGAAGCUGUGUCCUUAAUGCCUAACAGUGGUGCCUAAGGAGAAUACACAGGUUUAUUAUGCAUCAGAAAAUAUCACAUCAUGAAUGGACAAAAAGAUAGAAAUAUUUGUUUAAUUCCAAUAUCUGCUCAUGGUACUAAUCCUGCUUCAGCUGUUCUUGCUGGAUUAACUGUUGUACCAGUUAAUGUGGUAGACGGUUAUGUUGAUUUGAAUGAUUUGAAUAAGAAAAUCAAAGAAAAUGAAAAGUCUUUGGCAUGCAUUAUGAUUACAUAUCCAUCAACUUAUGGAGUCUAUGAAGAUCAAACAAAGAAGAUUAUUUAAUUGAUUCAUGAGCAUGGAGGAUUAGUGUAUAUGGAUGGAGCCAAUAUGAAUGCCUAGGUUGGAUACACAUCUCCUGGAUAUUUGGGAGCUGAUGUUUGCCACUUGAAUCUCCAUAAGACAUUCUCCAUCCCACAUGGAGGAGGUGGUCCUGGAUUAGGUCCUAUUGCUGUUAAUAAGAAAUUGGCACCAUAUCUUCCAGGCAGAGAACAUUCCUUAGGAAGUGUAGCUUCAUCCUUAUUUAGUUCUGCAUCAAUACUCCCAAUCCCAUAUAGUUAUUUUGGACAACUAGGAAGACAAGGCGCAAAGAAAUGCACAGCUAUGGCUAUGUUAAAUGCUAAUUACUUAAUGAAGAGUUUAAAAGAUGAUUACAAAGUUUUAUUUACUGGAUAGAAUGGAAUGUGUGCUCAUGAAUUCAUUAUUGAUAUCAGACCUAUCAAAUAAGAAAGUGGAAUCACCGAAGAAGACAUUGCAAAAAGACUUAUGGAUUAUGGAUUCCAUGCUCCUACUAUGUCAUUCCCAGUCCCAGGAACACUUAUGAUUGAACCCACUGAAAGUGAAUCUAAGUCAGAAUUAGAUAGAUUCAUUGAAGCUAUGAAGAACAUUAAAUUAGAAAUUGAGAAGGUCAAAAAUGGAUAGUAUGAUAAAAAUGAUAAUCCAUUGAAAAAUGCUCCUCACACUUAGGAUUAAGUAAUCAAUAGUGGUUGGAGUCAUAAAUACUCUAGAGAAGAAGCUGCCUUCCCAUUGCCUUAUGUCCUUCAAAGAGGCAAGGUAUGGCCAACAGUGAGCAGAAUUAAUAAUGCUUUUGGAGAUAGAAAUCUUAUAUGUUAAUGUCCAUCUGUUUCAGAUUACCAAUAAUGA